AAAAUUCGCAGCGCUGAAGAGCAUCACGGCCGGUCAGGGUCGGCGGGGAGGGGGAGCUCCAUCUAAAAAUAAACGAAAAAGCCGACAUGCGCUAGCUUGACUACUCCACGAAAGGCCAUACUUCGCGAUGGGGUGGCUCGACGGACUCUUCGGUGGACAGCCAAGCAACAAUGGGUCAGAUCCGCUGCAGAAGCUCGACCCGAAGCUGCGCGAGUUCCUCGAGAAGGAAUCGCCAGUGAAGUUCAAGCCCGCCGAGGCCGGCCGGCAACAGCAGCAGCAGCAGCCACCACAACAGCCACCACAGCCCGACUCGAGGCAACAGCAACCCCCGCCGGCCGCGACGACACAUGGCCAAGGCACCGACCCCGCCGCCGCGCCAGCAGCGGUGCCGAGCGAGUCGCAGUUCCCCGACGGGCGGUACGCGCACCUGUGGCGGACGUACCGCCCACAGGCCGAGGUCGAGGCCGAGGCCAAGAGCGGCCACGAGAAGCUCAUGGACGUGCUCGAGGGCUACAAGGAGCGGCGGUCCAACAUCGGGCGCGCCGCGCUCGAGAACUGCGCGCUCGAACAGCUCGACUGGAGCCAGUGCAUGAAGGCCGGCGACUGGGAGGCCAAGCUCACCAUGUGCAGCGCCCAGGUGCGCAAGUUUGAGCGCUGCUACACGAUGCAGUCGCGCCUCCUGAAAGCCCUGGGCUACCUCUCGGCGCACGACCGCCCCGCCUCGGUCGACGAGGAGAUCCAGAUGCACGCCGACAGCCUGUACCACCGGAUGCUGGAGCAGGAGGCCGCGGCGCAAAAGGCAAAGGAGGAAGGGAGGCCCGCGCCCGAGUUCGCGCCCCUCAUCACGCGCACCACCUUUGCGGACGCGGCCGACAUGGACGACGAGAAGAUCAAGGGCCUCGUCUCGGAGGAGGCGCGCCAAAAGUUCGAGGAGCGCGUCCGGGACCUGCCCGAGCAGGAGCGCGCCGCCGAGGAGGCCGCCGCAAGGGCCGAGCUGCGCGCCCAGGCCGAGGCCGCGAGCCGCCUGCACGAGCUGCGGCGCGAGGAGGAGAGGGAGAGGGAGCUGCGGAAACUGCAGGGCAAGGAGACGAUACUCGACAAGGUCUCGGGCGCGUUCAAGGGCCCUGGUGGUGGCGGCUCCUCCUCAUGAUGUCCUUUUUUAUUCCUUUUGCGUUUGCCAAUGCCGCACUGUUUGUCCCGCGCCAGGGGUUGCAGCGUGGAGACGACCAUGGGGGCGCGAUUAUCCCUACACACCCGUUCGAUCUGAUGACCACCGUGUACCAUAUAAACCUAUUAUGACCAACUUCCCACCCACCCUGGUGAUAUCAGGCAGGUGGUUAGGGCAACAGUGGAGUGCGCCCGAUACCGCCUCCCAUCGAGUCCUUCUCGAUUCAAGCCAACCAUCCCAAAUGCUGUGACAAACCGCCGCCGAAUGAACAAACGCAACGCAACCA